AUGCAUAUGGACCAUAUGGACGAUUCGGGGUCCGGCCUGCCAUGGCUGGAUCAACCGGUCUGGUUACACUCGUCGCGGGCGGACGAGUGCGAAUUGACCCCAGACCAGUGUGCAUAUCGAGCAGGACAUUGGCGAUACUGGUACGAAGCAGAUCACGUCUACGCCCUCAACACCGUUUACUUCCUGAUCGCCACGGUCGGCCUCUUCACCAUCCUGCAUUUCUUCUCUCUCUACGCGCCGAGUUCCCUCAAAGGAAGCACACCGUGGCGGAAGGUCUCUGCAGCGGGUCGCUAUCUCUCGUACAAGUCUUUUCGAGUCCCGGUUCUGCGGUACUGGUCGCCCUCGCUGGGCGUCAUCCUGCUGGGAUGUGCCGGAUUCGUCUUUUUCUUCGCGAUGACGCUGGGCCCGAAGCCUUACUACUGGCCUAAUACGCGAGAGCUUUCGUACGGCAGUAGCCCUCCGAUUGCGACGAGGACGGGGUGGAUGGCACUGGCCUUGUUGCCGUUUGUCUUGGCUCUGAGUACGAAAGCGAAUCUCAUCUCGGCGUUGACAGGCGUGUCGCAUGAGAGACUCCAGGUCUUCCAUCACUGGACCAGCUACGCCAUGUUCGUGCUGGCUCUCAUCCACACAUUCCCCUUUAUCAUCUUCCAUAUCUGGAAGGGAGACAUGGUGAAGCAGUAUAACACGAGCAUUGCCUACUGGACGGGGGUGGUGGCGUUGAUCUUCCAGACGUAUUUGACGCUCAUGUCGUUGCCUUCGAUUCGAAACCGCUACUACGAGUUCUUCAAAGCCACUCACCUCCUCGCCGCUCUCAUCUUCAUCCUCUUCUUCUUCCUCCACUGCGACUUCCGUCUCUCCUCAUGGGACUACUUCAUCGCCACCGGUGCCAUCUACCUCUUCUCCCUCCUCGCCGCCCAAAUCCGCACCUAUCUCAUCCACGGCCGCCAUAUCGCCACCAUCGACCGUCUCCCCUGCGGUCUCCUGCGCAUCACCAUCCCCACCGUCACCACCACCUGGCGCCCAGCCCAGCACCUCUUCCUGCGCUUCCUACACCCCAAACUCGGCCUACACACCCUAACCGCGCACCCCUUCACCGUCGCCUCGCUAGCCCACGACCCCGACGCCCUCGCCAAACCCUCCCAGCUCGUCUUCUUCAUCCGGCCGCACGCCGGCGUCACCGCGCGCCUGGACACCCUGGCUCAACACGCCCCCGGCGGCUUCCUGCGCUGCACCGUCACCCUGGAAGGUCCGUACGGCGGGGUCGAGGAGAUGCAGCCGCCGACGGUCGAUAGCGUGGUCAUCGUGGCGGGGGGUUCGGGCGGCGGGUUCGCGUUGGGGGUAUUUGCCGAGGCAUUGAGGGUUUUGGAGUCAUCCGGGAUGGAUAUUCAGGUGGUGUUUGCGUGUCGUUCAGCGCUGAUGGCGCGGUGGUUUCGUGACGAAAGCGAUGCUUUGAUGUCGAGGUCUGGUCUGGGGCAGGGGGGUCGGGGUCGGGGUCGUGUAAGAGUGGAUAUUCAUGAUACUUCCUCUUCGUCGGGAUAUUCGGGGCAACAGAGCCAAGCGCAGAAUGAUGCUGAUGGAGAGGGAAGGUCUGUCGCGCACGAUAAAGAACUGGAACCGGGCAUCGAGCUCCUCCCGCAUGACAGCGACACCAACACCAACAACGUCGAAGGAAAGACCCAGACCGGGUUCUAUGCCGGACGACCGGACCUGCCGUCGCGGAUUGCAGAGGCAGCGAGAGCCGCGGAGGGAAAGAAGCUGGCGAUGUAUGCGUGCGGACCGGCGUCGAUGCUGUUCGACGUGCGGAAUGCGGCGGCGGACGCGCAGAGAGGGAGGGAAGGGGAGGUUUCUUUGCAUACGGAGACGUUUUCGUGGUGA